AUGCACAUCUCACACCCAGUGUCCGGGUCCCCUCCCCCGACAUUAUCCUUCCUCAUAUUGCUGCUCAUCAUCAACGCCGUCCUCGGCGGCGCGAUAGCCACCCCAACCGCACCCACAGCCACCACCCAGAGCAGCAAAAGAAAUGGACCCGCACCCCCGAACCGUGCCUACGAAGCCCCGCUCCUCGGCAUCACCCCGGCCCCGGAACCCUCCGCCGUAUCUCACCGUCUCCUCCGCGCCCGCCAAGGCGAUCCGCGGUCAUCGGACGGCCGCACGAAUUUCAUCGCGUGGUAUUCCCAGUCCGGCAACUGGGUCUCGGCAACCUGUCCGUCAAACAACUAUUUUGCCGCAGACGGCAGGUUCGGGGUGUGUUGUCCGCGGGGAAACCCUUACUGCGAGAUGGCGACGUCGUGUGGCGGGCCGUUUGAUAAUUAUGCCAUUGGACCGACUGGGCAGGCAGACUGGUAUGGAUUCUUCCACAUUCUGUGCUCACUUUUUGUUCCACCUGCUAGAUCAUGGAUGUUUCGUAAGAAUGGGAAAAGGGGGUGGGACAGUGGACCGAGUAACACCUGCGACACAAUCACCAUGCUCCAAACGCAAGGCAGCACCGACGCGAGGAGAAUCAUCUUCUGUAUCGCCAUGUCGGAACUCUACGUUCUCCCCAUGACUUGGUACCGCGUCACGCACCCACUCCCCGAAGCCUCCGUCGCAACAGUAACAGUAACCCAGAGCACAACGGUGACGGCGACUGCCCGGACCGGAGGAAGCCGCAUGGGUGGGCAACCAGGCAGCCCCUCCCGUUCGCCGCCUGCAAUGAUGGCUCUGGCUGUGGCUGUGAUGAUAUCGGUCUUGGUUCUCGGUGCUCCAUGAAAAGGCCUUGUGAAGAAACGUGAAGGUUCACAUUUAUCACCGGAUCGCCGGCUCCAGGUCUCAUCUGCCAAUACUCCUGACUGGUAAGCCUGGGACCACUCCACCUUGAAGACUGGACGGGAGAGCCAAGUCGCCAUGAUCGGCGCUGUCACCUGGCCCACGGGAAAGACGCGCUCGCUGCUCGCAGAGCCCGUUUUCGGACGAAGAAUACGUCUGGUUCAUGACGAAACCAACUAGGUCAUAGUCGGGGACAAACGAGCAGGGCUUUGAAUGGUAUAGGAAAUCCGAGACGAUGUCAAUGAGUGGGCAUGUCGAAUUGUAAUCUUGACGGGGGGCGUCACUAGACAGGGACGGAUCAUCUACUCCCAUGUACUUACAUGGAUGGAACAAUAUCUUUCAACGUAGAUCUUUAUCAAGGAAGCAAGAAUGCAUAGAU